CGCCGCCACCUGAAGCUUGCAUCCUCCUCCGUCCAAGGAUCAUUAUCCGAGUGCGGGAUAGACCUCCCGACUCGCCAUCCUCGCGAUCUCUCAGCCCCUGGUGCCGAUGACUGGGCGAAUGAUCGAUGAUCGAUGAUCAUUCGACCCCACGAUGGCUGACCAGGCCAGAGCUGCGGGGCGCGACAGGCAGCCGCAGCCGCAGCCGUCGCAGAACAUCAAGGUCGUGCGGUCGCAAAAGAUUGCGACAGCCUCACUGUCGCCCACCGACACGCGUCCGCCGGCCUCCUCCGAGCUCUAUGACGACGCAGCCGAAGCUGGGGACCGCGCUCCGCCGAUACCGCGGUCGCAUACGCCUGGCCAUCUCUCGUCCCGGAGCCAGGACCGCCGCAACAGGCCCGCCGACAUAGCCAUCCGCCACCGCUCGCAAUCCUCCGCCGCAGCCAUCAACUCUACGCCCUCCUCGUCGUCCGGGAGGGCGCCCUCCCUCUCCUCCUCGGCCUCCUCCUUCUCUAUCCCCACCACGAAGACCCCCGCACCGAUUUCGACCCGGCAACCGAGCAUAGCUGAGGAGGCAGAUGGUACUACCGCCCCCAGCGGGGAACGGCAUGAUUCGUCCACAGGCAGCGGCAGCAAAGGACCUGCGCCGCCGCGACCGACCGCGAUGCGCUCCACAUCCGCCAUCGCGGGCCGGUCCGCACCCGGGGCGGCAGGUCCCGCCGGCGCCGUUGCGCGCAUCGGAACCGGACGGGGGGCGCCCGCGAAGGGGGCCGAAGUGUACACGCCGUUCCCGCCGCUGGCGGACCCCAAGACGGCCCCCGACGUGCCCCCCGCGCCGUCGUCCGGCAUGUACUGGAGCAGGGCGCCCGUGUCCGGGGCGCCGCACACGGCGCUGCGCGCGCACACGACCACGCUGGUGGGGUCCAACGUGUUCAUAUUCGGCGGGUGCGACGCGCGCGCCUGCUUCAACGAGCUGUACGUGCUGGACGCCGACGCCUUCUACUGGUCGACGCCGCACGUGGUAGGCGACGUGCCGGUGCCGCUGCGCGCCAUGACGUGCACCGCCGUGGGCAAGAAGCUGGUCGUCUUCGGCGGCGGCGACGGGCCGGCCUACUACAACGACGUGUACGUGCUCGACACGGUCAACUUCCGCUGGUCGCGGCCGCGCAUCCUGGGCGACCGGGCGCCGUCCAAGCGCAGGGCGCACACGGCGUGCCUGUACAAGAACGGCAUCUACGUGUUCGGCGGCGGCGACGGCGUGCGCGCGCUCAACGACAUCUGGCGCCUCGACGUCAGCGACGUCACCAAGAUGUCGUGGAAGCUCAUCUCGCCGCCGGCCGACGGCCGGUCGCCCGGCGGCGGUGCCGGCAAGGACGACCGGCCCAAGGCGCGCGGCUACCACACGGCCAACAUGGUCGGCAGCAAGCUGAUCAUCUACGGCGGCUCGGACGGCGGCGAGUGCUUCAACGACGUGUGGGUCUACGACGUCGAGACGCACGUCUGGAAGGCCGUCCACAUUCCGGUCACCUUCCGGCGGCUGUCGCACACGGCCACCAUCGUCGGCUCCUACCUCUUCGUCAUCGGCGGCCACGACGGCAACGAGUACUCCAACGACGUCCUGCUGCUCAACCUGGUCACCAUGACCUGGGACAAGCGCAAGGUGUACGGCCUGCCCCCGAGCGGCAGGGGCUACCACGGCACCGUCCUGCACGACAGCCGCCUGUUGGUCAUCGGCGGCUUCGACGGCAGCGAGGUGUUUGGCGACGUCUGGCUUCUGGAGCUCGCCGUCCAUGCGUAUUAUUCGCAGAUCAGCCACUUCACUAUCGAGGUGUGAGCGCGGCGCCCAACUUGCGCGGGAGGGCAACAUGUGGUGGCAAAGUGUGUUCGAAAUGGCCUUUGGUUCGUAUUUAGAGAUGUCUCUUAUCUUCAAAGUGGGUGAUGAAGCUGGCACAGCAUGGGCACGAACGAGUACGGCGUCGCGGGUCUGGGCACGGAAAAGC